CUCAAGCAUUGCUCCCUCUAGCGGUGGUCAGUGGUGAUCGAGACCAGCCAUUUGCACAGAAAUCUUUGCUUGGCUGGAGCAUCAUUGGCUACAGUGACUCUGAAGGUGAUUGUGAAGAUGAAAUAGGAGUAAGCCAUCGUGUUAUUGUUAGACAAGUCUUGCCAGCUGUAGGACCAGCUCACAAGCUCAAAACGGAAGUUCACUUUGUAAGCAGAAACAAAGUCAAAGAAAUACUUACUCCAGCCGAGACACUUAAUGUGCUAGAGAUGGACUUUGUUGAAAAAAGUGUUGAAGAAGAGUCAAUGUCACAAGAAGAUCUACUGUUUCUAGCCAAAGUAAAAGAAGGCAUAAAACAAAGGCAAGAUGGCCACUUUGAAAUGCCACUACCCUUCAGACAAGAAAGACCUGACUUGCCAAACAACAAACUUUGUGCAGAACACAGACUGAAGUGUUUAGAAAGGCGUCUCAGAAAAGACGAGCGCUACUACAAGGACUAUGUGACUUUCAUGCAAGACAUCAUAAAGAGAGGUGACGCAGAGAAAGUGCCAGACGCUGAGCUAAAUAAUCAACCAGCAUGGUACAUUCCUCACCAUGGCGUCUACCAUCCGCAGAAGCCAAAUAAGAUCCGCGUCGUCUUUGAUUGCUCUGCAAGGUUCCAGAAUACAUCGCUCAACGAGCAUCUCCUGUCAGGACCUGACCUCACAAAUACUCUUGUUGGAGUUCUGUGUCGUUUCAGGAAAGGACGUGUAGCUGUCAUGUGUGACGUGGAGCGCAUGUUUCACCAGUUUCAUGUUGCCCCAAAGGAUCAAGAUUACCUCCGAUUCCUAUGGUGGGAGGAUGGUAACAUGGAAAGGUCCACAUCAGUGUUUCGCAUGAGAGUCCACUUGUUUGGUGCAGCAUCUUCACCAGGAUGCGCAAACUUUGAAUUCAAGCAUGUCGCUGCGCAAGGUGAAAAUAAGUUCAGUGAAGCCACGGUGAAGUUCAUGCAACGCAACUUCUACGUGGACGACGGUUUGGUGAGUGUGGAUUCAGUGCAAGAAGCUAUUCAACUUGUAAAAGAAGCUAGAGAACUGUGUGCCACGGGUAAGCUGCACCUGCACAAGUUCAUUAGCAACAGCAAGGAAGUGAUUGCUGCUAUCCCAAAGGAAGAAUGUGUAGCAGGAGCAACUGAUCUGGAUCUGGCACUAGGAGAGCCAAAGAUAGAAAGAGCUUUAGGGGUCCAAUGGUGUGUAAGCUCAGACACCUUUCAAUUCAGAGUGAUUGUAAAGAAUAACCCCUUCACUAGAAGAGGAGUGCUCUCGACAGUGGCCUCAAUAUUCGACCCACUUGGAUUCGUCGCUCCGUUCAUUUUAGUUGGUAAGAAACUCCUCCAAAGAAUGUGUCAGGAAAAGCUGGACUGGGACGAGCCGCUUCCAGAAGAUCUCAAGCCUCAAUGGGAAGCUUGGCUCAGAGACCUCCAGAACCUGUCCUCCAUAAAGAUAUCACGUUGUUAUGUCCCAUCAACAUCUGACCAAGUGAAGCAGUAUGAGUUACACAGCUUUUCUGAUGCCAGUGUAACCGGUUAUGGUGUGUGCUCAUACUUGAGAACAGUGACCAAGUUUGGAGAAGUACAGUGCACUCUUGUGAUGGGUAAAGCAAGAGUCGCUCCUACUAAAGUGACAACCAUCCCAAGAUUGGAGCGUUCUGCGGCUGUAGUAGCUACGAGAGCAGCUGACUUUCUAAAGAGAGAAUUGGAGAUCCAAAAUAUUCAGGAGUACUACUGGACUGAUUCCAAAGUUGUCCUUGGUUAUAUUAACAACGACGCAAGGCGCUUUCAUGUAUUCGUUGCUAACAGAAUACAGAGAAUCAGAUCAAGUACAGAACCAAGUCAAUGGCAAUACGUUGCCUCUGAACAAAAUCCUGCAGAUCACGCGUCACGUGGAGUCAUGACAAAAGAACUAGUACAGUCCAACUGGUUCACAGGACCAAGUUUUUUAUGGCAAAAGGAACUACCACAAGAAGAUGCUAAAGUGAAAGAGAUCAGUAUCGAAGAUCCAGAACUCAAAGUCACAACAGUAUUCGCAGUUAAGGCAAAAGAAGAGAAAUCCAUUUUAGAACGACUGGAAAAAUUCUCAGAUUGGACGAGAGUUGUGAAAGCAAUAGCAAGAUUAAGACGACGUGUAAAGUAUGCAAAGAACUCAAAGGAAAUGUCCAAUGAAAGUACUACAUUGGAAGAAAGGAAAGAAGCCGAGGAGUUCAUCAUACGAGACAGUUCAACAAGAAGCAUUUGGAAAGGAAAUUAAGAUCAUAAAGGAUAAGGAGGAAGUCAGACCAUCUCACUCAAAGCUACUUCAGUUAAGUCCAUUCCUUGAUCAACACAAUAUCUUGAGGGUAGGAGGAAGACUUACAAAAGCUGUCAAUCCAUCCAGUACUGAAGUAUCGUCAUUUAUAUACAAAUGUAUCAAAUGUAGAAAGUACAGGAAAGGCAAUCAAGAACAAAGGAUGGGCGACCUGCCACCAGAAAGACUGGAAGCUACCCCUCCAUUUACAUACAGCGGUAUGGACUGCUUCGGACCAUUCUGUGUAAAAGAAGGGAGGAAAGACUUGAAGAGAUAUGGACUCUUGUUUACAUGUAUGUGCUCGAGAGCUAUACAUAUAGAA